AGUAGCCGCAGUUCUUCGCGUCUGUUUAGCCAGCUGUCAGUUUGUACUGGUGCCAUAACAUUUAUGUUUCCUCUCAGUAUUUACCUAUUUCAGGACUUUUAACAAAGGCUUCGACUGUCAAAAUGCCAAAAGGGGGUAAAAAAAGGUGGCCACAAGGGUCGCAUGCGCACGUACACUAGCCCAGAAGAGAUAGACGCUCAGAUGAAGGCGGAAAAAGAAAGGAAAAAGCAUGAACAAGAAGCAGGAGAGGAUGAAGGAGCAGCUCAGAAAGACGAGGCAGAAGAGAAACUACCAGGAUCGGACUCGGAGGAUAGCGAUGAUGAAGAUUCUCAGAGGAAGAGAACAGGUGUAGAGGGCUUGAUAGAAAUUGAGAACCCCAACAGAGUGACCCAGAAGUCCAAGAAGGUGACGCAGAUCGAACUGGAGGAGCCUCGGCAGUUAUCAAGAAGAGAGAGAGAAGAGAUUGAGAAGCAGAAAGCGAAGGAACGUUACAUGAAGAUGCAUUUGGCAGGGAAGACAGACCAGGCCAAAGCCGACCUCGCCCGCCUCGCUAUUAUCAGGAAACAGAGGGAGGAGGCAGCAAAAAAGAAAGAAGAGGAGAAAAAAGUGAAAGAAGCAGCAGUAGCAGCAGCAGCUAGAGGAGUAAACUCCCUCUCUCUGAAAUGAUGCAGAGUAUUUAUCAGAAACGUUUUAUUUUAUUCAUGGACUGGCCCAAUACGCAUUAAAAUAUUUUUAAAGGAUGAGCUAUGAAGAGGAUUUGACUUUACUGUCACUUUGAAGAUUUGGAAAAUGGCUGGACAAACGCCGCUCUGUAGAGGGGCUGCUUAUAUUUGAGCUUGGAGUAAAGGCCUCGACGCCUCCAGGAAGUAAAGCUACAUGAGAGAGCAUCGAUCUUCACACACUUGGAAUGAACUCCAUGAUCUUAACCAUGCGUUUACUUAUCACUGUACAAAUUCAAACUUUGCUAACAGAAUUUU